AUGGAAGCCCUCAAGGCUGUCUUCUUCAAGCCUGACCCGGCAGCACAACGGCUAAUUUCCUCCCAUCAGAUGCGGAAGUGCAACGCUCUUAUACGGUCAAACACACGAAAACUCGAUCGAGAUAUAUCCCAGUUAAAGGCGAUUGAAAUAAAAACGAAGCAGUUUAUUGUUGCUGCUUCUAAAAGAGCGCAGCGGAACCCCUCACAGGCCGAGCAGGCAGCGAAGGAGACACGGAUAUUCGCGAGGGAACUCAUCCGGAUAAGAAAACAAAGCGCUCGUUUGACGACGAGUAAAGCACAGCUUGAGAGUGUGAAGAUGCAGGUUAAUGAGGCCUUUUCAGUCAGAAAGAUUGAAGGAAGCCUCAGAGCGUCAACAAGUAUUAUGAAGGAUGUCAAUACCUUAGUUCGUCUACCAGAGCUAACAGGCACCAUGCGGCAGCUCAGCUUGGAGUUAGUUAAGGCCGGGAUUAUCGAGGAAACCAUUGACAGUGCCAUGCCAGAGGACCAGUUGCUAGAAGAGGAAGAGGAAGAGGCAGACAAUGAAGUCGAUAAGAUACUGCAGGAGAUUCUACAGGGUAGGCUGGCUGCUACAGGCGGUAUCAAGCCAGAAGAAACGCUUCAGACAGAGGAACCUGUUCCCGAGGAGUUCGAAGACCAGGAAGCUACCCUAGAACAGAUGAGGGGCAGACUAGAAGCCCUCAAAAGUUAA